UUGCUCUCUCUCUCCCCCUUUCACUCUCUGAAAAGCGAUGGAAAAAAUAUCCCCAGGUGAGGGUUAACAAAUUAAUAAUAAAAAAUAAAACGAUCUUUAAGAUUGUGAUACCGUGUCACCUGACAGCCCUGAAUGGAUGUUCAUGAUCUUAUCGUUUUCGUUUUCCCUGUGCUUGAAACAUUUCAGGAAAGAAGAAAAAUGAUCGUCGUUGCCGUGUGGAGAAUGGAUUGGAAAAGAGAAAGUGGGAGACCACGUAGGAAACUCGCGGACGCCCAGAGUACUUUCAAACCAGAGCCCCGGGCCCACCAGAACACUCACUGACCCAGGUGCCUGGAUGGAGACCUGAACUGGCAGAAGGAAGACGUGCCUAGAAGGACAUUGCAGAGGAUAACAACAUGGAAAAGAAGCCCCAGGAUGGUAGAAGGAGCCCGCCCCACAGAGAAGUACCCCCAGUUGUGGGGCUGCUGCUGGCCAUGGCCCUCAUGAACGCGCUCCUCUACCUCUGCCUCGAUCGGUUCUUUAUUUCCCCUCCGCGUUCCGCUCUGGAUCCCAGUCACUGUCCCUAUGGUUACUUCAGAAUGGGACAGAUGAACAACUGCUCAGCAUGGCUGUCCUGUGAGGAGCUGAGGACAGAAGUGAGGCAGCUGAAGCGUGUUGGGGAAGGAGCUGUGAAGAGGGUCUUUCUGUCGGAGUGGAAGGAACGCAAAGUCGCUCUCUCACGGCUCACCAGUCUGGAGAUGAAAGACGAUUUCCUCCAUGGACUGCAGAUGCUGAAAUCUCUGCAGAGUAAACAUGUGGUCACACUGCUCGGCUUCUGUGAGGAUGACAACACCAUUCUCACCGAGUAUCACCCCUUAGGGCCCUUGAGCAGCCUGGAAGGAACGCUCAACCUUACCAAGUACCAGAACAUGAACACCUGGCAGCAGCGGCUGCAGCUGGCCAUGGAUUACGUGGGCAUCAUCCACUACCUGCACCACAGCCCCCUGGGCACGCUGGUCAUGUGCGACUCCAACGACCUGCCCAAGACGCUGUCCCAGUACCUGCUGACCAGUAACUUCAGCAUCGUGGUGAACGACCUGGACGCCCUGCCUCUGGUGAACCACAGCGCUGGGACAUUUGUGAAGUGUGGCCACAGGGAGCUUCACGGGGAUUUUGUGGCUCCAGAGCAGCUGUGGCCCUACGGAGAGGAUGUGCCUUUUCAAGACGAUCUUAUGCCCUUGUAUGAUGAGAAGGUCGACAUCUGGAAGAUUCCAGACGUCUCCAGUUUCCUUUUGGGGCACGUGGAAGGGAGCGAUAUGGUCCGAUUCCAUUUGUUCGAUAUCCAUAAGGCCUGCAAGAGCCAGGCCCCUGCAGAGAGACCCACCACUCAGGCUAUUCUGGACACUUACCAGAAGGUUUUGAAUUCACUCAGAGACACCAUGAUAUCUCAGACAAGAGAAAUGCUAUAAAGACUAGUCUGGUCAGUGAAGGGUGGGAUUUAAGGAACAAGUGGAAUAGCUACAGCAGUUCUGCUCUGACAGUGAGCUUGUUGCUGUUUAGCCAGACAUGUUUAGCUUCC